UGCCCCGGAAGUGUCUUCAGCCGACAAGUCUCCGCGAAGACGGCCGACCGGCGAUAUACGAUGACGUAACAAGCGGGAAGGAAGCCGUCGCCGCCAGGUGACCCGUAGCAUAGGGGAAGGAGGGGAGUCGGCAUGCGGUUCCACGGCGUGCACGGGGCCAACGUGCUCAUCGACGAGGGCGGCAAGCGGGCCACAAGGCUGGCGUCCUUCUGCGACGCGAUCACGUUCAGCGCCAAGCCCGUGGCCGUCGGCUCGCGGCUAUCGCUGCAGCUCACCUCCAGCGAGUCCUGGACGGGCGCGCUGAGGCUGGGGCUGACCGCGCACGACCCCGCCACCGCCGCCGUGGUCAGCUCGACCGUGACGACGACCGUGACGUCGGGCUCGACGGCAAACAACGGCGGCGCGACGGCGCUGCCCCGGUUCAGCUGGCCCGAGCUGGCCUCUAAGCAGGGAUACUGGAUCCGACCACUGCCAGAGCGAUGGAUCGCUCAUUGUUUGAAGCUCACCUUCUACGUGAACGCACAGGGUCACUUUCAGCUUUUCGUAGAUAGCGACUACAAGGGAGCGCUCUUCUCCGGACUGCCAACCAAGGAGCGGCUCUGGCUCGUCGUCGACCUCUACGGCAUCACGGUCUCGGCAAAGUUUGUCACGCCAUGCAGCUCGGCGCCCGUGGAAGUGGUCGCCCGUGGUCCGGACGCCGUUCGCGCGUACAAGCAGGCGUGCGCCGAGGGCAGCGUGCCGCUCUACCGCACGCGGCUGUACAUCGUCGGCUGCCCCGGCGCCGGGAAGUCUAGCCUCAAGAGGGCGCUGCUCAAUGCCGGCGGUUCCGAGGGAGAAAGCGGGGAGAGGUCGGUGGUGGACGCGGUGCACUGCUGCCGGACGUCCGAGAAAGGCGACGGGGCGCCGUGGAUGGCUCUGCCCACCGAGCUGCUGACCCGGACGCCCGAGGACGUCGACCAGAACUGGGUGGAGCCGGACGUGGGCCACAUCAGCGACGCCGAGUACCACCAGGCCGUGGCCCUGAACGUGGUGCGCGAGAUGACGCUGCAGCAGCGAAAGCGACAGCACCAGGAGGACCGGCGCCGGCUGCUCGGCUCCACCCGGAGCUCGGUCAAGGGCCAGGGCGUGCUCCGGCACCGGCACAACCACGCGCGUCACGGCGGGGUCACCGAGGGAUCGGCAGGGGGACACGGAACGGCGCGCUCGACUUCGGUCAAGGCGAGUACGUCGUUGGAUUUGAACGAGAGGCACGGCUGUUAA